AUGGAAGGAAACAUGAACUUGUGGGUUGUAGUCUUAACAUGGUUUUGCUGGACUGCUGUAUUUGGAUGGGCUAGAGAUUGCCCCCUAACAUCAAAUCAACAACACACAACACUUGGGUAUCCAGCAAUAAGCUUCGACACUGAAUCAGCAACUCCAAAAACCUACUCCCAGUUCUUGACGAAUCUCCGAACUGAAUUAAAAAGUGGAGCUGAGAUCUAUUCGAUCCCAUUGCUGCGUCAACAAUCCAAAGUUCUCAGUUCCCAGAGAUUUGUUCUGGUGACUCUUUCAAAUUCCAGGAGUUCUGCCAUCUUAGCAAUAGACGUGGUGAAUGUUUACUUGGUGGCUUAUCAAGUUGGAACUAGUUCAUACUUCUUUAACGAUACUUCUGAUUCUGCAUUUUCUGAUCUUUUCAAGGGCACAACCAAAACCAGGUUUAGAUUCAGUGGUGGGUAUCCUGAUCUCAAAAACUUAGGUGCCGACAGAGAGAAUGUCGACUUGGGAAUCUAUCCACUAGACAAUGCUAUAUACGCACUCAACAGAGAUAGCUCAAUUCCUAGAGCGAUUGCUGCUCCUCUUGUAGCUGUUAUUCAAAUGGUUUCAGAAGCAUCACGAAUCUCACAUAUUGAGCGAAAGAUUAAAACUAAUUUCUACCAAAGGUUUCGGCCUCUUGGUGAUGUGAUUAGCCUCGAAAACCAGUGGGGUGCUCUUUCCUCUGCAAUCCAGAAAUCUAAUAAAGGAGUUUUUCAAGAACCAGUUCAGUUACAAAGAUCAAAUUAUACUAUUUUUAACGUAACCAAAGUUGACGAAAUAAAACCCUACUUAGCACUCUUGUUGUUCGUAUCCACAAACUCCAUAACAAGCCUUGGACAAGAAAUUGUAAAGAGUUAUCUUUCCACUGAAAGCCUUGAUGGGAUGUGGCUUUGAUAGAUUACCUGUGCUCUCCUGCAGCAUACUCAUCGAUCGUAGCUCACGGUUUUAUAUAUAUGGCUUAAAUAAUGAGCAUGCAUCGAGCUACUGCAUGCCCAGCUUUUCUUUUCUGUGUAAAAUUUGCAGUUGAAGAGUUUUCUCAGUUCCCCAUCUUCUCACUGUGUAUGAUAAUGAAUCAAGUGGGGAAUAAAAACCAUCCUUCUUUACUAUAUAAAAAAUGUCACUAUCUUUAAGAGCAGCUGUGCAAAACAUCUGAGCCUGUAAUUCUCUUCCUUCUCUCUUGGGAAUUUCUGGAUUGAAAUGCCUGGAAAUUCCCUGCAGAGUUCUUUU